AUGGGCAAAUCUUCAAAGGACAAGCGCGAUGCCUACUACAGGCUUGCCAAGGAGCAAGGAUGGCGUGCCCGGAGUGCUUUCAAGCUCCUCCAGCUUGACGAGGCUUCUUCAGAGUUUGACCUUUUCGCCAAUGUCACUAGGGUUGUCGACCUAUGCGCCGCCCCUGGGAGUUGGUCUCAGGUCUUGUCGAGGGUCUUGAUCAAAGGAGAGAAGUUCGGUCGCUCUGCUUGGCAAGAUCGCGAAGCCAAGUUCAGGCAACAGAUGCUGGGCGUGUUGAAGUCCGAGGCUACUUCUACAACUAACUCGACGGCGGGUGCUGCCUCUACCCAGGACGGAGAGCUGACGCCAAGAAAGGACGUCAAGAUUGUAUCCAUCGAUCUGCAGCCCAUCAGUCCCCUGCCUGGCAUUGUCACCUUGCGAGCCGACAUCACCCACCCGGCUACGGUGCCUCUGCUCUUGAAGGCACUGGAUGAGGAGUACGACGCGCAGACUAUGAGCCAGCAGGCAUCGCACCCCGUGGAUCUCGUGCUCAGCGACGGUGCGCCGGACGUGACUGGUCUGCACGACCUUGACAUCUACGUGCAGUCCCAGCUACUUUUUGCCGCGCUGAACCUUGCACUCUGCGUUCUGAAACCUGGAGGAAAGUUCGUCGCCAAGAUCUUCCGCGGCCGCAAUGUGGACGUCCUGUAUGCGCAGCUCAAGCUGUUCUUUGAAAAGGUCAUUGUCGCCAAGCCACGCUCCUCUCGUGCGAGCAGUGUUGAGGCCUUUAUCGUUUGCCUAAACUUCCAACCACCAGCAGGCUUCACGGCCAGUCUGGAGGAGCCACUUGGCGUCGGACACAAGCUACCCCGGAUGGUCAGCGAGAGAAGAGAAAGGUUGCCCAUAAUUGCGGGUACUACAAUGCAAAACCAUGAGACGGGCGCCUGGGACGCCAGUCCUGAGCACAUUCGGCCGUUGGAUAGCGAAGGUAUCGAAGAAGUUGAGAUUGAAGAUCUAUCAUCCGAACCGCAGAAGGACUCGCGCUGGAUCGCACCAUUCAUCGCCUGUGGCGAUCUGUCAGCCUUCGAUUCCGACGCUUCCUACCAUCUACCGGACGAUCACGUCUCCCUGGAUCCUGUCCAGCCGCCGACCGCUCCGCCAUACAAGCGAGCGCUCGAGAUGAGGAAGCUGACGGGAGGAGCAUAUGGAAAGACAGCAAAGGCUUAG